AGUAAUGAUUGACGCUGCCGUUUACAUCAUAUCCCCGCUGAACCGCAGGCUACAUCACACGGCUGUCAUGGUUAUUUUAGCGGAUCUCUACAGAAAUAUUUUUCUCCUCUAAUUCAGUAGACACUCCGCGUGCAGAGGCUUGCGACCAGCUGUGCGACGCGGCGCUGCCUCCCGGUUGAACGGCGGCAGGACGAUGGCACUGCGCUGGACGGUAUCUCUGUAUUUGUCCUCAGUGGUCUAUUAAGAUUUUAAUUAGCUGAUAACAAACAUACGUUUGACAUUUACGACGGACUGAUGUGGGAGCGACGAUAAACGCACCGCUCUGAUUAUGGAAAAGGAGUCCAGGUUCGAAGACCUCUGAUCAUCUUGGGUCCACGGCCAGCCACGUGGCCAAUAAGGCGACAGCCAGGCUCACUGAGGAGGGAGACCAGCAGUGAGACUGGAAGACCCUCUUACCAAACCCACACUGCUUCACCCAUCCCACUCCAACGCCCCUGCCAUGUCUUUACCCAGCGGCAGCCCAGAGAGAGAGGGCUCGAGUGGGGCUCUUCCUCAGCUGGAGUGCCCUUCUUCCCCUCUUGGCAUGGACCCAGACCCCCCAUCAACAGGCAGCCCAGUGCUCAGUCCAGACUCAUCUUCCCAUGAUGCAUUGCUGUCAGCACCAGCAGCCUCCCCGGCAGACUCUGAGAACCUGAGUCCUGAUGAACUGGAGCUGCUGGCCAAACUGGAGGAGCAGAACAGGUUGCUGGAGGCUGAUUCCAAGUCCAUGCGGUCGAUGAGCGGUUCACGGCGCAACAGCGGCUCCUCACUGGUGUCCAGCUCCUCGGCCUCCUCGAACCUGUCACACCUGGAGGAGGACACCUGGAUCUUGUGGGGCCGAAUCGUCAACGAGUGGGAAGAGUGGAGACGCAAGAAGGACAAACUCCUGAAGGAGUUGAUCAGGAAAGGCAUCCCUCACCAUUUCCGGGCCAUCGUCUGGCAGCUGCUGGGCAACGCCACUGACAUGCCGGUGAAGAACCAGUACUCGGAGCUGCUUAAGAUGUCGUCCCCCUGCGAGAAGCUCAUCCGCAGAGAUAUCGCCCGCACCUACCCCGAGCAUGAGUUCUUCAAAGGCCAGGACAGCCUGGGGCAAGAAGUCCUCUUCAACGUCAUGAAGGCGUACUCUCUGGUGGAUCGAGAGGUGGGCUACUGCCAAGGCAGCGCAUUCAUCGUUGGUCUGCUGCUUAUGCAGAUGCCUGAGGAGGAGGCGUUUUGUGUUUUUGUGCGUCUGAUGCAGGAGUACCGUCUGAGGGAGCUGUUCAAACCCAGCAUGGCCGAGCUGGGCCUCUGCAUCUACCAGUUUGAGUAUCUGCUACAGGAGCAACUUCCAGAACUAAACGUCCAUUUUCGAUCCCAGAGUUUCCACACAUCCAUGUAUGCCUCGUCCUGGUUCCUCACCCUUUUCCUCACCUUCCUCCCUCUGCCUGUCGCCACGCGCAUCUUCGAUAUUUUCAUGUAUGAGGGCCUAGAGAUUAUCUUCCGUGUGGGCCUGGCCAUCCUGCAGUACAACCAGACUGACCUCAUUCAGCUGGACAUGGAGGGCAUGUCGCAGCAUUUCCAGAAGGUGAUCCCCCACCAGUUUGACAGCUGCACAGAUAAGCUGAUCCUCAGGGCCUACCAGGUCAAAUACAACCCCAAGAGGAUGAAGAAACUUGAGAAAGAAUAUACCACAAUCAAGAACAAAGAAAUGGAGGAACAAAUUGAGAUCAAGAGGCUACGCACAGAAAACAGGCUGCUGAAGCAGAGGAUUGAGACGCUGGAGAAGGAGAGUGCCGCUCUGGCAGACAGACUGAUACAGGGUCAGGUGACAAGGGCACAGGAAGCAGAGGAGAACUACGUGAUCAAGCGUGAGCUGGCGGUGGUGAGGCAGCAGUGCAACACAGCCAGCGAGAGCCUCGAGAAAGCGCAGGACGCCAUCAGAGAGCUGCAGCAACAGAAGUACACAGAGCCGUUUGUGACCAAUCUGCAGACCCAGCUGGAGCAGUCCAAACUGCACGAGGCCGAACUACAGGGGGCGCUGAAGGAAAUGCAAGACAAGGUCCUGGACCUGGAGAAGAGAAGCACUUGCCUGCCUGAUGAGAACAACGUGGCGGCUCUGCAGGAGGAGGUGAAGCAGAUGAAGCUGAGGGAGCUGGAGACGCUGCGCUCAUUCAGAGAGAUGCAGGACACCGUCACUGAUCUCAACCAGCGCUGGCAGCAUCACAUGUCCCGCGGCAGCAGCACUGGUGGUGGGGGUGGCCACUGGAAGGAAUCCCCGAAGAAGAAUGCCAUGAACGAGCUGCAGGACAAACUGAUGACGGUCAGACUGAGGGAGGCCCAGGCUCAGGCUGAGCUCCGAGAGGUCAAACUCAAAGCCCUGCAGCUGGAGAGCCAGAACCAGAUCCACAGCAAGCUGAUUGGUCGCAACGAUCAGGAACGCUCCGCUCUGCAGGACCGGCUCCAGAUGCUGGCCAAUCAGAACAAAGCUCUCCAGGCCCAGCUCAACGAGAUGAAAAGGAAGCAGUCCGAGUCCGACUGCAAGAGUAAAGAGGAGGUGAUGACGGUGCGACUGAGGGAAGCGGACAGUAUGGCUGCCAUGGCUGAACUCAGGCAGAAGGUUGCUGAUCUCGAGAUACAGAAGGAGGAAGGGCUGAUCCAGGGCCAGCUGAACCACUCAGAUUCCAGACAGUACAUCAACGCGCUCCGGGAUCAGAUCGCUGAGCUCAAGAACGAGAUCCGGCAGAUGCGAGGGCAGAAGGCGGCCCCCAGCUCCAGGGUCGGCUGUGGAGGCGGAGGUACCAACUACCAGGAUCUCUGUUUGGCCAGCCCCACUUCCGCCGAGGGGGACUACCUGAGCUCAGACGAGGACCUCCUCCCCAGCCCGCUGCCUCCCAACGCCCUGUACCCCAGCCUGUCUGGUCAGUGUCACCCAUCUGCUGGCCUCGACAGCGAGGGCAGCACAGACAGCGAGGCAGAGGAGCGGGUUCUGACACAUCCGGACCCACAGCAGCUGUACGGCAGCAUGGUGUGCGCCGAGGCACUGGAUAACUGAGACCUGGAGGAGGAGGGGGGGGGGGGUGAAGGUUUCAUUGGAUUUCUUUGAGCUAAAGAGACGCUGGAGCUCUACAGGGCGGGACUGCUACUGUAAACUGAGGCUGUAUUAUCCUCCUCGGCUUUUCCAGUGUUUACCUUUUAUCUUGAUGCAGACAUUGUGGCAUUGAUCGGCCCUCUCCUGAUCAUCACUCCCCGUUCUUCUCCACCACCUUGUUCCCCAUACUGUCUCAUCCUGUGUUCCCUGACAAAGAGGUAAUGUAAAGCCUCUCUACUUGUUCCUAUGUGUAACUACGCCAGAAACCACCCAAACACAAACAUAUGGCACCCAUUGUGGAGUGAAACUGGGCCAGCAAGACUCGCUGCUCGAGAUCGACCCCCGGACCUGAACCUGCGACUGUGACGAGGAGUGAAACAUGGGUAGACAGAAAAUAACUCUUCCCUAUAAACUGAGUGACACACUGUAUGCACACUGUCUACCCUUAUGUGACACUCCUUCCUGAUUGGUUCAGAGUUCAAUACAUUUUUUUGUUCUCUUUUCCCUUUUUUUGCUCUCAUUAGGAAGAUACACACACAAAAAAACUUCUAUGAGCCAUCCAUUUACCUCUCAGUAGACCGAGUGUUAAAAAGAAAAAGGUGGUGAGUAUGAGAAGGAGAGGUGCAGUGCAGGAAUAUGUACCCAUCAAACUGAAGGGACAUCACAAGACGGCAUUCAUUAAUGAAUCAUGAACACUUUAACAUACUAACCAUGUGUAUCGUCUGUGGCUCGCAGAUGACAACAAGCCAGGCGAGUUAAUACAACAGCUCAUAUCAAAACAUUUUCACCAUAACCCACAAAGGGAAGGAAGAAACUCAAUGUUGCCAAAUCUUUUUGUUUUGUCUUUUUUAAUUAUUUAUACGUUGUAAUUUAUUUUUAUUUUUUUAUAUAUCUAUAUGAAACUAUAGGAGUGUAGAGAAACUGACUGAGGCCAAACUUUCUACACCGUCCUUCGUGCCAACUAGUCGUCUGUAACCGGUUUACUUACUGUGACACCGAGUGUUUCAGAGACUAAAAUGUGCUGCUAUGAUUUUGGAUUGACUUCUUCCAUUUUGUUCUUUCUGUUCUUUUAUUUUAUUUUGUGUGUAAUCAUUGUGAGGUGAACAUGCAACCUCCUGUUAACUCUGCCAUAGAUUAUUGCGACAACGACUGUGCAGACUGAUCAAAUCCUGUGUAACCUGAUUCCUCCCCCGGAGCUUCUCAACAUUUAGAAAUGAUGAUUUUCUUUAAAAGCAUGAUCAUUGUUUAUGUGCGAGUUAAAGGAAUAGUUUGACAUUUGAAGACAUUUAUUUGCUUCCUCACCGAGUGUUUGAUGAGAAGAGCGACACCGCACUCCUAUCUGUCCGUUAAAUAUGAAGCUACAGCCAGGAGAUGGUUAGCUUAGCUUAGCCUGUGUACUGUCAAGAAAAGGUCACGUAAACUGGUUUUCACACAGUUUUUGGACGGGACUAGGUAACUGAAUGGUAAACGCUAAAGUAACAUUAACACAAGUAGAAAAGGUUGAAUCCUAAAGUCGGUGACCUGACUCAGUAAUGUCAACUACAAACACGAUGCAGUAUCUAAGGUUUGCUAACAUUAGCUUAUGAGCUACUGGUUACAAUCGUGAGAGUAUUGAAUUCAGCAAAAGUGUAUUUUAUGGCUUAUUAACUAAACAUUUAACUCGUAAAAGUAAGAAUUUGUUAUUCCCCUUUCAAAGUGACAACGUUUUGAUAAGUUCGGGUCAGAGGUUUAACCUUUAGGACGGAGCCAGGCUAGCUGUAUCCAGUCUUUAUGCUAAGCUAAGAUAACCACCUCCUGCAGCUUCAUAUUUAACAGACAGGCGUGAAGAGGAGUGUCAGUCUUCUAUCCCAAAACAUUCCUUUAAUUAACAGUGUCCUGUACAAGCCAAAAGAAAUCCAGGUAACAGUGCUGAUCUGGACUCACCCAUUCAUGUGCUCAUAUCACUUUUUGACAGAUAAAGCUGCAGCAUGUGGGCCAAUGAAAGUGCAGGGAGUAGUUCAUAUCGUAAGGAUGCCAACAAAGAGUGUGUGUGUGUGGGUGGAAAAUAUUUUACAUAUCAAACAUUAAUAUAUUCUGUGUAGAAAAAAAGGGGUGUGAAAUGUAUGGAGAGAUAUGAAAUAUACAGUGUAACAAGAACAGAAAGUAUAAGGAGAAAAUGUAAAGCUGUAUCACUGUCAGUCAAGUCUAACUGAAGAUGGUGAGUGUGUAUAGUUUUAUCAAACGUGUCAAAUGUAGAGCAGUGAUCUGCUUUUUGCACUACAGAGAAAGACAUUAAGCAGUGAGAGAUGGUGCGGGUGAAUGGAUUCAUUACUUAUUAUAUUCAGCUCUUUGCUCCAACAUGAUCCAUCCUGACUUUGUAUUGUGCUUCAUUAUUCUUUGGAUUGAUGUUGAAGGAUUUUCUCAAAAGGCCUAUUUUCAUUACUGACAUUUUUGUGUGAUACAAAUUUAGGAAUGUUAAAGGAGAGAAUUACUGCCAUCUUCUAAGAAAUAAGGAAAUUGAAUCUUCCCAUAGUGGCAAUCUAAGAGCUAAAGAGGAUGUUGGUUUGCCUGCCAUACUGUUGCAAAUAACAGCCUUUUAGCGGUCAUUGGAUGGUGUAACAACUGAAAUCCCAACUGGAAUCACUGUUUGGAUCUCGUCACACCAAAUGAGCGCUGAGUUGUUCUUUAGAGCAAGAUAUUCAGGCCCUUAGAUGAAUUUACUUUGGCUGAAUUUCUCCCUUGAAGUUAUAAUCCUUAAAAUUAUUCUAUCAAAGCUCAUUUUUAAAAUCGUAUUUAUGCAUUUACAUUCUUUAAUUGCCUUUCUAUUUAGUAGUUUUCAUUGUUACUGGUGGUGUCUGUUUUUCCCUCGUGGGAUUCAAAGGACGUAAAGCACAUUCUGGACAUGAUGCAGGAAACACAAGUCGGGCUUUUCGUGUGAUGCAUAAGGCAACAUUAGAUCAUGAGUCUAAAGUAACAUUGUUGACUGUCUUCUAGGUUUCCAUUUACUCUGUCAGAAAUGCUUGAUGACUGGUCGAAUAGCUUUGGAAACCGCUUCCCACUUAGGAGGGAGGUUGUAUCCGAUUUCUGAACCUCUCCGAAACUGACCACCAAACAUUCACAUCCACUUCAUGCCGUGAUUGGCCAGCUGUGCAUUGGUGAGAAACUAAACUGGGUUUGACAUCCUUGACAACUAUUUCUGUCAUUUUUUUAUUUGAAAACAAUUUAAAUAUCGCGUCUCCGCCUCUUUAAGACGGCCAUGUUUUCACCUCGACAUUUGCGGCUGCUCGAAGCAGCUACAUAAACACGUUUUGACAACACAUCGUACGGACUUCUUCUUUUCAAGCAGGACACUUAAUCUUCUUUAUCAAAACAUUGUGAAGUGAUAAGUCCUCUCAGCCCCUGAUUAGUUUGGCUGCGCUCUAAACAUGUGGACAAGUUGUUCUUCUGUUGCAUCUCCGACAGAGUAACCACUAACUAUGUUUCUAACUGAUCUCUGGGAGAUGCAUUAUUAAAACAUUAAAACGUGUUCGCCAUCAUCACCACUAACCAAGCCAGAUCCAUCACGACUGAAAUCUUAAGGAUUAUAACUUUCAUGUUGCAGUUUGGAUUUCAGUCAAACAAUUAAAAUGCAUUAAACUAAUUGUAGGAAGCUUUCAUUCAGGACUGAAUAUCAGUGUCCUUUCCAAAAUGAACCCUAAUCUGGAGUCAGAUCAUUGCUCAGUGUCGUCAUCACAUUAUAACACUGCUGUUCAGUGAUGCUGCUGAGUUCUCACCAUUGUCUAAAUACAACUCUUAUCUACUGUGAUGAAACAUUUUGAUAUGUUUGUAAAUUACUUUUGAAUAUGGUACUAGCGCUCAUCCUUCAUAUUAUUUUUAUAAUUGCCAUCAGUAGCCUACUUUGGUUUCUCCCGCUAACAGCAUUACACGAGUCAGUAAUGAUUAAACAUCGUAAUGUGCCAUAAAGGAAGGUAGAUUUACACACCUUGCUAAACGACUUCAUGUAAGUUUAGCAAGUGUUUCAUUGACAUGUCAGCCACUACAGCCCUUCAUUAAACAGCCAUGUAAUAUAAAGUGAAUUAUGUGUGGACUGAAAUACGAUCACACUUGUGUUGCUCCAGAUUGAUCAUCUUGUAACUGCAACAUCCAGACGUUUUCCCCGAUUUAAAGCGGGAAAUAAGACGACGCAGUGCUAAACAGUAUGUCACGUGUGAGUUCUUCCUCACAGACGGUGUUCAUCCUCGUUAGUCUGGUGUAGGAUUUCUCUGAUUUAUGUGCUGUAUGUGACGGCUGUUUAAUAUCCACAGCAUCAUACCCGGGAACCUUGCCCACCCUCUCUCUUUCUGUCUUGCAAUUCAACUGAUGUUGUUAUCAAAUAUAUUAAAUGACAGUAAAGAUUAUAUAAAUUCCAGUAUGAUGGGGCGGGGGAUACAUUUCAGUGUUGUGUAUCCUAUGAAUGAUACAAAAUAAACUUUGACAUUGCACCUUU